AUGUAUGACAAGAAAAAGUGGCCAGGGAUGUGUCAGGCGACCAAGAUGGGGUGCUUGAGGGGACCCAAAACAUCCCAAAACAUUGUUUUCUCGGGCUUCGUCGGUGAGUCAAUCCCGCCCAAUUGUUCUCUGGAGGAAACCAUUGUUGCCGCUGCAUUGGCGGACGAUGGUAAACGUGGAUGGUGCUGGGAUGUGGGGGCAGACGACCAGCUGAUGCCCUUCGUGGCUGAAGGGCUGCGAAAACGCGCGCUGUGGGGCGCUUCGGGCUCGUCGCAAAACGCGCCGGAUCAGCUGAUGCUGCACUCGGGUGGCCCCGUGACGGACGUGGCCUCGAGCACGCUGCUGGCUGGGCCGCCCAUGCUGCGGUUUCUGGCGAAGCAGCCGCAGGUAGGUCGAACCGUGCCAGCCAGGAACUCCCCCUUGCAGGGGCAGCUUCCACUGCUGCGCAGUGAGGAGACCGUGCCGCUCAACUGGCAGCCGCAGCAGUGGCGCUUCGGACGCUGGCAGGCCUUGUCGGAGCUGCCGCCUCAGCGGCGCCUGGGUCCAGCCUUGCGACAGGUGGCGGCCUGCGCCCGGCAGACCUCUUCGGAUGCUCUGUGGCUUUCGGAGGCUGCCAAGGAUGGAGCUUUACCUGUCCGUGGUUCAGCACUGGCGGGUUUGCUGGCCUACGACUUGGUUCAAUGGACCCAGCCUUUAGCCUUGGAACAUCCCCCGGAGCCUUCAGAGUGUCUUGGUUCGAAGCUGAUUGGGAAAGCGUUUGCCAAGCUCUACCUGGGCUGUUGGCAGCUCUUUACUGUGUGGACCGAUGGCUUGUGCACCAGAGGUGAAGCCGACAUGGGCGGUGCGGUUGUACAAUCAUUGACCAAUGAAUCCAGCAUGCUGGCCUUGCGACCUCAAUUGCUAGUGCAUCGUGACUUGGAACCUUUAGACAUGGACGACUUUUGCAGCAGAUUUUGUGGAGCGGAUGCCAUCCGUGAUGGGCAGUUUUAUCAGCUGAACUUUGGCCGGUCCUGGCAAGGUGAGAUGCGAGAAAGUCCUUGGCAACUGAUGCAGAAACUGUUUAAGCACAAUGCGGCGCCCUACUCGGGUUUUUUGCAGCUGCAGGUCGAUGGUCUCAGCUCCGCACUGUGCAGCUGCUCCCCGGAGUUGCUGCUGUCGGUGCAGCACGGAUCGUUGUCGACAUGUCCCAUUAAAGGCACCUGCGCUCGCUCCAAAGAUGCCAGGGAGGACCUGCAGCUGCGACAAGAGAUGGUGGCAUCACAGAAGGAGGUGGCAGAGCAUAUGAUGCUGGUAGACUUGCAACGACAUGACUUAGGCGUUGCGUCGUGUCCCUCCUCUGUUGCCUGGGAUCGAUGGAGAGUGGAAGCCUUUCCCAACAUUCAGCACAUGGUGAGCAAGGUGACUGGGCGCUUGUGCCCCUCCAGCGACGUGUGGGCAGCACUGGAGGCCGUCUUCCCUGGAGGAUCCAUCACGGGCUGUCCCAAGACCGCCACCAUCGCCGCCAUCGACGCCUUGGAGAAAGAACCGCGGCGCUGUUGGACCGGCAGUUUGGGCUUCGCGGAUCUCUUCACUGGGGAUGGCCAGUGGAACAUCCUCAUUCGCACCUUGGAGGCCGAAGCCCAGGAUUCGUCCUGGCGCGCGGUGGUCAAGGCUGGCGGCGGCCUCACGAUAGGUUCGGAUCCCUCGGCCGAGGUGCAAGAAGCGAAACUCAAGGUUUGA